AAACCGCCGCGACUCCUCACCGGUGGGAUACAAGCGUGACUGUUGGAGUCAACUGUGUUUAUUUAAUAACUAGCUGACAAAGUGAAUAUUAUCGGCAGUAACGUCCUUAUUUUCCUCCAACAUGGCGACGUCAAUGCCGCAGAAGCGUUACUACAGACAGAGAGCCCAUUCAAACCCGAUGGCGUACCACACGUUUGAUUAUCCAGUGUGUCCUGAGGAGAUGGACUGGUCCACGCUGUAUCCACACUUCUUCACUGCCGGCCCCUCUGACAAAGAGACCCCUCAAGUUGAGUUUGCGGACAUUGGAUGUGGAUACGGGGGUCUUUUAGUGGAGUUAUCUCCACUCUUCCCAGACAAGCUCAUGCUGGGGAUGGAGAUCCGGGUGAAAGUGUCAGAUUAUGUUCAGGAUCGCAUCCGGUCUCUGCGUGAAUCAGAGCCAGGAGGAUACCAGAACAUCGCCUGCAUCCGCAGCAAUGCGAUGAAGUACCUCCCCAACUUCUUCUUUAAAGGACAGCUCAGUAAGAUGUUCUUUCUUUUCCCUGAUCCUCACUUUAAGAAGACCAAGCACAAGUGGAGGAUUAUUAGUCCCACGUUGUUGGCAGAGUACGCCUACACACUGAGAGUUGGGGGUUUGGUGUAUACCAUCACAGAUGUGGAGGAAGUGCAUGUCUGGAUGGUGAAGCACUUCAGUGAACAUCCACUGUUUACACGUGUCUCUGAUGAAGAACUGGUUGAUGACAUCAUCAUAAGUCGUUUGGGUACCUGUACAGAGGAAGGAAAGAAAGUGCAGAGAAACGGAGGGAAGACCUUUCUUGCAGUUUUCCGGAGGAUUGAGGAUUCAAACUAAAAACAGUUGGGACAAUGUAAUGAACUGAAAUAAUGGUCCUAUGCAGUCAUCUAUACAUGGAGGAUAAUGUUGCUCUGUGGAUCUGGAGGCUGUGGCUUGUUCCACCAGCAGAUGAACACUGAUGUCUUUUUUCCAGUGGACAAACAUUUACAGCAUUACCCAAUAGAGGAUUGGUGUUUGAGUUUUUUCAUAUAAUUAACGUAUUUCAUUCCUCAGAUAUCAAAAGACAUCACAAAUCCACAUCUCUGUUCUGAUUAGAUUUCAUGAAGUGUUUUGUAUUGCUUUUUGUAAUGAAUUUUUAUUAUUGCAUUUCACUUCAGUUUCUUUUGCUUAAGUGCUUUUUCUUGUGAAGCUAUAAAUUCUUUUAGUAAAACAAAAAAAAUCAGUGUUGUGUUUUGGUUUAUUGUGGUGGCCAUUGAUACAUUGUAAACAGUAAUGAGAGCAAGAACAGGUGAAUUUAAAACAUAAAAAUUAUAUGUGUGUUUUGGAUACAGUAAUUUUGGGAAUUUUCUCACAUAAAGUAACAGCAGUCAUGUCCUUGAUAGAGGUUCCACCAUUUAACACCGUUAGAAAUGGCAAAAUUUUCCAAGUUUUUUGGCCUCACAGUGUUCAUUUGCAGUAUUGGUGGCUGAAUCAGAAACGGGUUACGCUGAGAAUUUCUCCAACAGUCUACAUCCUGCUUGCAAUGGUCAUUGUCCAGUUUAAAAAUAAACCUGCAUGCUGCAUGUUAA